CGAUGAAGAAGCUGGAUAUAAAAGUAAGUAAACUUUUGGCAACAAAAAAUUCCUAGUGACACACUUGCUCAUUCUUUUACUUUUUUACUUUUCCGAUUACAGUUCUUACCGACCACCAAGCCACUCGAACCAUGGUACAACCGAUAGCUUCGUCUCAGUCCCAGAUCGUGGACUCUGCAAGCGACGACACUUACGAUCCUGCCGAAACCAACGGUAGAAAAAACUCGAAAAGCAGCAGCGCGAGUUCGUCAUCCACUUCGAUGGAUGAAGAAAAGAAAUCCAGAAAUCUGUACAAAACCGAACUUUGUCGUAAUUGGCGGGAAAAAGGUCAGUGCAAGUAUGGACCUCGAUGCCAAUACGCUCAUGGACCGGGCGAUCUUCGUAAAGUCGAACGUCAUCCGAAAUACAAAACGCAGCUGUGUCGAACAUUCCAGCAAACUGGAUCUUGUCCUUACGGCGGUCGUUGCAUGUUCAAACAUCAGGAAGAAACCAGUAUUGCCAAGUCGCCUGUCCUUUGUCACAAAACAAACUCUGUCAAUCGCCAAAUGACCACGCCAUCGCCAGUGUCGGAAAACUCCAUGUCGAACAGUGACACGGAAGAAGAUGAAGACGAUAUGUUGAUGUUACCCAAUCCUGAAAGUCUGUUACCACAACAACUGCUGACGGAAAUCGAAAAUGAACCGACCACUUCCACCGCUCGUGUCUGUCCUUUGAGACAAUACGUGGACAUUUCUGCCUUGUCAAAAAUGACUCACCCAUUGUUGCCUUCGUAUAACCCUCAUACCUCCUCUUCUGUGGCUACGGUGGAACGAUGCCGUGCGUUCUUGUCGCCAUGGCUUCUGUAAUAUGGUUUCUUUUUUUUUCUUUCAUAACAUUAUUUAUUUAUUUACUUUCAUUGUCCCUAAACUCAUAUCCCUCACAUCUUAUUCACAAAAAUAAUAUUCAUCACAAAUAAAAAUAUCUCCUCAAUCAUGCUUGCUGUUAUUAAACAAAAAAGUUCAG